UUAUCUUUUGUCUUUCCAGGAGAUAAUGCCAGUGCCUGGAUGUUCCAGGCAUAUCUCCUGGAUGGGAUUGUGCGGUGGAACGAGGACCGUGCGGUGUCCAUGGCGGAGGGAGAGCGAAGGCUCCGCUCAUACGGUGGCCCCCUGCAGCGCUCCCUCGAAGAGCUCAGCCAGGAAGUGCUGGGAAGCACUCUCUUCGAGGACCACACCAAGCCCAGGGAGUACACAGGGGAACUCAUAGGGAUUGAGUACCUGUACUCCCAGACGGGCAGAGCGCUGCGGGACGUCAGCUUGGACCCAGACACUCCGGACACGGACGAGUGGGGAGACAUCUUGCCCCCACCCUCUGAGGAACCGCUACUUGAUGUCGUCCAGGAAGAGGUGGAGGACCUGACUGUCCCUCCACCGGGCGACUUCCAAGAGCCUCAGAGGUAUCCGUGGUCAUGGGAUCCAACUGACGAGGCGCCCGAGCCGGCAGGUCCCGAAGACGUCCCGAACCCCGCACUCCACACCCCAGGCCGGUCCUCACCACCUCCUCAGGAGCCAGCUGAGGUGAGCAUUCCUUCCGAGUAUUCACAGGAACAUGUAGGACCGGAUGGCCAGCCUGGGUACCUGGCUGUGGUGGAGUUGGCCAGAGCCUUGGUGGAGCUGCGGGGGGAAGCGGCUUUGUCCGAGAGGGGGGUAGACCGCUUGAUCACCCUUCACCAGGCCUUGACCCCGAUGGACAGGGCCCGGUUGGUCUACCCCUCUCAGCCCAAGGACAAGCCAGACACGGGACGCUUCCGGUCAAGCAAGGGCUCUCAACCCUGUAUACCAGGGUUGCAGAGCCUGAAGCGCUGCUUGACUGGAUCAGGAUCGGGACCUGCCACGUGCCCCAGCGUAAGCCGGGUGAUGGAGACGGUGUGCACAGAAUUGUGCCUCAUCUACCCCAACACGUCCUAUCACUACCAGGGGGUGAGGAGGGGUAGGUGGGACCACAUUCUGAUGCACUACCACCACAUCCAGAACCUGCUGCUGGGCCACCAACGACUGAUGGCUCGGGCGCCAAUUCAACUGGCCAGUCUAAAUUAUUGGACCCUCUCGCAGUGGUUCACUAGGACCACUCUAGAGAAGGAGAGGCUCCUGUUGGCACCGGGACCAGGCGCUGCAGCCCAAGGGACGCCGCCAGCAUCACCAGCGGCGGAGGCACCAGCGAUGCCGUCGCCAGCACCAGCAAUGCCACCAGCACCAGCGAUGCCGCCACCAGCACCAGCACUGACACCACCACCGACACCAAGACUGCUGCUGCCAACACCACCAGCACCACCAACUGCUGCUGCCAAGGCCACCAGCAGCAGCAGCAGCACGACCACCACCACCACCAAGACUGCUGCUGCCAACAGCACCAGCAGCAGCAGCAGCACGACCACCACCACCACCAAGACUGCUGCUGCCAAAACCACCACGACUGCCAGCAGCAGCAGCACCUGUGCUGGUGCACAUGGCACCAUUGGCGGCGGCCCCACCACCUCCCUCAGCGGCAGCACCAGCGGUGGUGCACAGUGGCCAGGCACCAGGGGCAGGGCAGCUCCAUCUCCCUGUCCGUUUAGUCCUGGCCAACCCAGCACCACCAACAGCUGCCGCGGCUGCAGCAGGACCUUCCACCCGGGCCACAGGGCCUCUCCGGGACUUCUCGCUGCCCCAGCAGCAGAGGGCUAA